AUGGAAAAUGUCAAGGAUUACAAUGAAUUAGUACUUUGGAAAGUUGAAGUUUCUCAGGAGAAACUUAAUAAAUCUCUUACCAAAAUUGAAAUUGAAAAGCUCGGAGGUAGGGAAAUGGAACUAUUAAUAAGUUUAGGAGAAGGAUAUGUAUUUCUGGAUGAAACCAUUAACAUAAUCAUCCAAAUCACUGAUAAGUGCCAAGAGUGCAUUAAAAUACAACCUCGACAAAAUGAUGGUUGUGGUGGUACGUUACUAACUUAUGAUCGGAUGACAGGUUAUUCUAUCGAGGGCAUUUCUCUUACUAACUCUGACAUCAGCAAUAGACCUGAGAUUAUACCUUCAUUAAUCAAAGAUCUUAUGCAGAAAAUGUUUAUACUUAUUCGGUCUCCUCCCUAUUCUGGAAAAACAUCAUUAGCACAAAUUUUAGAGAAUUGCUUAGUUCAAUCACAACACUUUUCGGAAUACAGAGUAAUAAGAAUUUCAAUACUUUGGGCAUCAGCUGUGAAAAUGAAAUGCAAUUGGGAGACGUUUGGAACGGUAUGGAAGAAGAUUAUUGGUAAACUGCAAUGGAAUUUUUGGAAUACCAUUAAGGCCAACCUUCAAGGAUCAUCAAAUGUUUAUAUCAUUAUGUUUGGAGCCUAUGGAUACGGUGCUAACUCUGCAGGACUUUCAACCCCUGUCACAAUAUCAGAAGAGAACAGCAAAAGUCUUUUUGACAUCAAAUUUACCGAUUAUGAGCUAGAGGACUAUGUUAAAAUUUUCUGCGAUAGAUAUUUUUUAUUAUUAGAUAAUAACAUUCUUAAUGACAUCAUCUCAAAAUUUAGUAAAUAUAUUCAAAAAGCGACGGCAGGACAUGCGGGUUUAUUUCGUCACAGAUUGCAUAAUAUAAAAAUGCAAUGGAGUGAAAAUGUGUUGAUCUGGAAAGACAUAUUUGCCAAUGUUAUGGAAGUCACAAUAAUACCAAAAUUACCCCCUUCAUUAUUAUAUAAUUUUAUUGAGAAAACUUUCACAGCAAUAUGUCAUGGACAAAACGGAAAAAUUUUAAAGACGCUUAGAUUUGGAACUGAUGGAAGCCUUCUGGAGCAAACAUGGCAGAAGGAUGGUAGGGAUAUGGGGCGGGAUUUAUAUAAGAUCUAUAAAGUGACGAUUGAAACAGAGCACGAUCUGAGUUUCUCGACACGAGAUUUUGUCGUUGAAGGAAUAGAACUUGACGGGUAUGGCGAAAGAACCGAGUUUUGGGAGACUGAAAUUGACAAAUGGAAUGACAUGUCGAUUUUCAACCGUUUUCAAGCAAACGAUACACCAUACGUAGAAUACAAAGACGAAGAAGAUCCAGAGGAAGGAGCUUCAGAUAAUUUUAUUUUACGACCAACCACAACAAGUAUUCCCUCUAGUUCACGGAAUAAAUCCCCAAAAGUUUCUUCAUUUCAACCAUUUACUGCAAAUCGACAACAACAAAGAUAUCAACAGGUUUACUCAUAUUACAUCGGAAAGGGAAUUUACUGCAUCUUGUUAAAAAGAUUUCUAAAUGUAUUAACUUUGGGUUUCGUUAUGGGAUUUUCAACCUUUUUACUGGGAUGUGUCGAUUAUUCUUUAGUACGUCAUUCUCAUAGUUUAACGGAAGUAAUAAUACCGAAAUGUCUCUCUCACAUUUUUUGGAUGUUUCAAAUCAUUCGUUUCCUACUGGACAUUCCUCGUUUAAUUGAUAUGUAUAAUUUUUAUACUUAUCUUUUGAAGAUCGAAGACGCUGAUAUGCAAACAGUUUCUUGGCAACAUGUCGUAAACAAAAUAAUCCAAAUUAAAGAUAAUAAUCCCACCACAUCUCGAGGUUCCAAUAUUAAUAUACCACAACAACGAUUAGAUGCUAUUAAUAUUACUAAUCGAAUUAUGCGUCAAGAAAAUUAUCUUGUAGCUCUUUUCAAUAAAGAAUUAUUAAAUUUAACAAUUCCCAUUCCAAUACCCUUUUUUCAAAAACGAAAUAUAUUAACCAAGACUUUGGAAUGGAAUUUAAAUUGGUGUAUUCUAAAUUAUAUAUUUAAUGAUAAAGGCCAAGUUAGAAAGCGAUUUAUAACAAAAAAUUCGGAAAGAGAUAAAUUGGUUAAAGAGUUAGAAUUUCGAUCUAAUCCUGGCUCAUUCUUUUCUCGUAAAUGGUCUCGUUACGCGCGUUGGAAAUUUCGUGAAUUUAACGAAUUACCUCAUUUAUUUAAUCAACGAAUAUCUAAAAUCUUGGUUUUGGCAUCUUAUAUUGAUCCUGAAUUAUUAAUAUUCGAGAUUUCAAAUGGUCGUUCAGUUUUAUUUUAUACUGGAAUAUUUAUUCCAAUUUUGGUAGUUACUCGUAGCACUAUUCCUGAUGAGCACAUAAUAUUUGAUCCAGAAGAACGAUUAAAGAAAGUUGUCGAACAUACACAUUAUGCUCCUAAUGGAUGGACGGAUAGAAUGCAUACUGAUGGAGUCCGAAAAGAAUUUAGUGAAUUAUUUGUUGGAAAAGUAAUGUUAGACGUUCAGGAGAUUUUAAGCGUUAUAUUUACACCAUUUAUUCUUUGGCUUUCUCUUCCUGAUUGUAAAUUUACUGUUCAUAUUGACGGACUUGAAUACGUCUGCAGUUUUGCAGUAUUUGAUUUUAAAAGACAUGGAAACUUGAAAUAUGGUGCACCAGUUGAAGUAAAUAACGAAUACUAUUUAUCAAAAGAUGGUAAAAUGGAAAAGAGUUUUUUGAAUUUUAAGGCCAAUCAUCCUGAUUGGGAACCAGCGGAUCCUACCGGAUCACUUUACCUUAAUAACCUUAGCCGUUUAACUGAAGUUAAUAAUCAUGUUCGUCCUCAACAUCGUUCUAAUUAUUCUGGUCGUAUACCUGCCUUGGAUUCUAUUAUAAAACCUAAUAAUAACAAUAAUCGACGUAGCGGAAAUAUUCAUUUUCAAAAUGGUCAAGAAUUUUACGCAGCGAGUGAUAUGAGUGAUUCAUAUUCUGGUGCCGAUAUUCCAUUAACUGAAUCUAUUGACCAAGAUCGGCCAAGAAAUGAUGGAGUAAUAGGAUUAUUAAAUCAAUUUUAUAAAGAAAUAAAUCACUCUUCAAUGUAA